UCUAGAGAAAGACUAUCUUAUUCAUCAUAUUUAAUGGAAUGAAAGAAUAAAAGCGCUCUGUUUUCCGAUGAAAUAUACAUUUGCCUAGUGACCUUCAAAUACUGUUAAAACAUGUGAAAUGCAUAGAAGUAGGAUGCUUAUCUGAUGGCAUGUAGCUCUGAGUUAGUUCAGUUUUAUGCACCUCUUUCUGCUUCAUGGCUAUACUGUCAGGUUGAUGCCUCAUCUCAAGGUGGUCUCUAGAUAAGUUCUGAGAUGUUUGUCCUCUUACCGAAUGCAAUAACAAAUUUACUGUCUGCUUGCCUUAGACUUGCAGGACGGUGCUGCCUUAUCAACAUUUCUUCUUUUUAUGUUGAAAAUACUUGAAUUUCUAUUUCCUUCAAGAUCUUUGGCUGCUAUUGCUUUCUUCUAGUGAUUCCCACUCAGCAAAUAAUGCAGGAAGAUAGUUAUUGAGUGAGCAAAAUUGCAAAAACUUCAUACAUCCUCUAAAUGUCUGUUGCUUGAGUCCAGCAUCCAUCUGCUGCUAAACAUGCUGCUGAUUGCCAGGUCUUUGGUGUUAAAUCCAUCUCUUGUUCUUUGACAAUCAGGUCUACUGCGAUAUAACUAGAAACUUUUAAAAAUUGAGAUGUUCUCAAUUUCAUAGGUUUUGAAUGACACAAUAGAUUUGAGAAGUUCUUAUUGUUUGCCUGUAUACAAGUAUGUGGCCUCAUUUUUAUCUUAGUUGUUUUUAUUUUUAUGAGCAAAAUGUUCACAUGUAUCAGAAUAGCCACUUUGUUUUCUUUCCACAAAAUUCUCACUUUGUUUUAUGCAUGAAGCUGGAAGUUCUACUAUCACCACGCUGAUACUUGACUGGUGCCUCUAGCUUGUCUUUCCCAGUUUUACCCCUACCUGGACUUUUUACCUUAGCUGAUUUGCUAGGUUAUCUACUAACUGAUUUAGAGAGAGAUACUUUGGAUCAAGGGUAAUGUUAUUGUCACGGACCUCAAGGAGGCACCUGAUUUGGGUAACGCCACAUAUUGGGAUUUUGGUAAUGAGCUUCUUUUGGGCUUGUACAAGUGUAUUCAGAUGGUUGGGCUAGGUUUGCAGGUUUACAUGGCAUGUGGUGCAAUGUGGUUGGUACUGGGCAUAAGUGGUGUUAAUGGCGGAUUUAGUGUUUGAGCCAGCAUCCAAGCACCGUAUCUCAGUGGUUCCCCCAGUGGCUUGUAUCCCUCCCACGCAUUUCUUCUUCCUGUAAAAUUUUAACCAAAUGUUUGGCAAAAUGUCCUCUAAAAUCAGAAACUAUACCACCUGUCAAACAUCAACAGUUUACGCCCGAUAACAUGGCAGCGCAGGUGGUUAAUGCAGUCACAAUUCAACCUCCAAUCCCAUAUCACUUGAACCAACAUAAUAAAUUUCAAGAGUCAAACCCUACAUUCCUCCAACCAUAUAUACAUUUGUCUCGCUCGGAUGCGUAACGCUAAAGUCACACCCAAAGGGAAAGGUUAUUAUGGUCACAGCAAGGAGCUAAAAACUGAACAUUAACUUAUCACAAGUGCUUUAACAAAUAUAUAGAUAAUAAAUUAAUCUGCACCAUCUUGACAGGUGCAACUAUAUUGUACAUAUUAAUUCCCUUUUUUUUUUUUUAAUAUGCAAGUUGUACUGCUUCAAGUCAACGUUGUUUAACAACUUCAUCUUAGAACCCAAUCUCAGGGUGGCCUUUUCAAUCCAUUCAUGGCUUACAGAGGAAGUUCCAGGACAUAUGUUUCCUUGUUUAUUUCAUCUUUGCAAGGAACAAUGUCAUAGUAGCAACAAGAAACAACCAAACUUUAGGUGAAGAAGCCAUGCCUAGACAUCCCCCUCAACUCCCAUUCGAAAUCAUCAUUGACAUACUCUCGAGGCUUCCUGUGAAGCAUCUAAUACAGUUUAAGUGUGUAUGCAAGACAUGGCAAUACUUGAUCUCCAGUGAUCCUGAAUUUGCCAAGUUGCAUCUUGAACGUGUACUGCAAGUAACAAAUGUUCACCUGCAUAGGCUCUUGCUCUCCGCUGAUCCUUUCCAAUCUGUAGAUAUGGAAGCAUAUUGUGAUGCUGAUGACAAUUUUUUAAUAAGAGAGCACAGAUUCCCUGUCAGAAAUCCUGAAGAUGAUGAUUUUGAAUUCGUGGGAUCUUGCAAUGGCUUGAUUUCUGCAGUUUUUGGUUCAGAUCAUGAAAUCACUGUAUGGAACCCAUCUACGGGAGAGUCUAGAAAGUUGCCGGCACCGACUUCUUCUACUGAGGAUAAGCUCUUCUAUGGAUUUGGAUAUGAUUCCAAGCUGGAUGAUUAUAAAAUAGUAAGAGGUGCAAGCUCUGCUUCUUGUAAUGAAGUUCAAAUGGAGGUCUUCAACUUGAAAGGCAAUAGGUGGAGAGCAAUUCAGAACCUCCAUUGUAAUGUUCGCUUCCAGGGCUCUGCAAUCGCUCUAAAUGGGAUUUUACAUUGGCUAGUCGAUCAAUUAAAUGAAGGUCUUAUGAUUGUUUCACUUGAUUUGGCAGAGGAGAAAUUCUUGGAGAUGGUAGUAGUGCCAGAUUAUGUCACUGAAAACUGGGGCACAGAGUUAAAGGUUCUUGGAGACAGCCUAAGUGUAUGUUCCAGUUCUCAUACAACAAAUUUUGAAGCUUGGACGGUGAAGGGAUAUGGCAGCAAAGCAUCCUGGUUAAAAUUGUUCAGUUUCAACAGUGACCCAUUACCAGGAUGUAAAUAUUGGCUUAAUGUAUUAUGGGUUGCGAAGAAUGGUAAUGUUCUGCUCAAUUAUGAAGGACUGGAAAUAAUCGUUUACAAUCCUAAAGAACAGACCUUAAAACAGUUUAAUGUGCCCAAUAACUGGCACUGGUUUGAAGCCAUUACAUACAUAGAGAGCCUUGUUUCCCCAAAUGCGGGUAAUGGAUCAGUGGCAGCAGCUGAUGAUCAGGGUUUGUAAAAAAAAUAAAGAACGAUAUAAAACAAUUUUAUCAUGUAGUUUUUUCUCUGUGUAGAACCCAGGGUUCUCUUAAAGUCUAGAGUUAAAGGUUUGCUUCUCUUCUGGAUUUGUUUCGUGUCUUCUACUUGUUUGCCUCAUAGCAUGUCUUUCCUUUAUCAGAAUAGUACUUGUUUUCUUGAUCA